CAUUCUAACAUUUCCAAAUUAAUCCCGACCUGAUCAAUCCAUUCUACAAAGACAUCUUAACUUUUGAAGUUCAACAAGUAGCCAAAACUAUUCGAAAAUGCCGCGUUGGGUGAGACCUGAGGUUUAUCCACUUAUGGCUGCGAUGACGUUUGUGACAAGCAUGUGUGUUUUCCAGCUUACUAGAAAUGUUUUCAUGAACCCUGAUGUGAGGGUGAACAAGGUACAUCGGACCACGGCUGUGCUCGAAAAUCACGACGAGGGUGAAAAAUACGCUGAACAUGGUCUUCGGAAAUUUUUACGUACGCGACCACCGGAGAUUAUGCCUACGGUCAACUCCUUCUUCUCGGACACCAAAUAGACAUGGAUACGACUUGCUUUUGAACUGCAUGCAUGCAUGCGUAUUGUUAUGUUAAUGUCACCCAUGUAUUUUUAGUCUUUGGUCUACUUUUAUGAGAUUUUGCCUUGUGUGAUGAUGGUGUUGUGAGGUGUAAACGUGAUAAAUAAAUAAACUUGAAUGCUUUGUA